UUGGACAAUUUAAAAGUCACACUCGGAUUGAAUUUAAAAAGCUGAUACUCAGUUGAGUAGCUUAGUCCCAACCAGUGUUUCGGAUGGCGACUGAAAAAAUCCCGAGAAGUUAUUUCGAUUAUUUUAAAAAUGUUUCGUGAUUCUCUUUCGACAAUGGUCUGAUAAGUUCGUAGAUUUGACAGAAGGUUAUAUGAAAACCCAAAGUGGAAUCAGAUGGAUAAGUUUCUGAAUACUUUGGUUUUAAUUUCGUUUCUAACAGAGACUACACUGGCUACAUCAGACCAGAUUCUUUACAAAGACCUCUUCUCCAACUACACCAGUGAAAUCCUACCCCGAUGUCAUAAUGCAGACAACGUCACAGUCACUCUUGAUAUUGCCCUCCGAGAAAUUAUUGCCCUGAAUGAAAGAGAACAAACACUGACGUUAAAGAUGUGGCUACGUCAGAGUUGGAAAGACUGUUCUCUUACCUGGACUCCUUCAUCAUACGGAGGCUUUAGUUCCUUAACUGUCCCCUCAAGUAAAAUCUGGACUCCUGAUAUCACUUUGUUUGAGAGUGUUACUAAGGGUGAGGACAUGCCAGGCCGGGCCUUUUACAGAAUUUCGGUUUAUUCUGACGGAUCUGCGUAUUUCAACUUUCCUACAGUGGUGGAGAUCACGUGUUCUGUUGACGUCACCUACUUCCCUUAUGACACACAGAAAUGUACCAUCAAGCUGGGGUCCUGGACUCACCACGGCCAGGAACUUGACCUUCUUGCAAAAAGAUCUACAGGAGAUUUAUCUUCGUUUGUCGAAAGCAAUGAGUGGUCAGUCGUCAGCAUCUUGAGCCAGCGUAACGUGGCCUACUACGGCUGUUGUCCGGAACCUUACCCUGAUAUUACGUUUACGUUGACAAUGAAGCGGAAACCGAAAUUCUACGUGUUGACAAUUAUAUUUCCUUGCACACUUGUGCUUGCUCUUGCCGCCUUGGGGUUCAUACUUCCAGCUGACUCUGGAGAAAAAGUUUCACUUGAAGUGACUGUUUUAUUGUCACUUUCUGUGUUUCUGCUUCUUGUUUCUGAUAAGUUACCAGCAUCCGCGGAAACUUUUCCAAUUAUAGGUGUCUACUUUUCGGUGUGUAUGGUUAUCGUGUGUCUCUCUUGCACAAUUGCGGUCUGGGUAUUAUAUUUACAUUUCCGAGAGGAAUCGACAAAUCGGGUACCCUCAUGGGUCAGAAGGUUGUUUCUUGGAAAACUCAGAUUUGUGCUCUGUCCAACAACAAAAGUUGGCAUUGUGGACAAAAAGCCAGCAUCAGAUAAAAAUAAAGACGACGUUAAAGUGGAAAAUAUAGAAUCCCUGUCUGUAUAUGACGGGAGUCACGUGACAGAAACCGACCAUGACGUCAUGGACGGCGAGGAGCGGCAACAGGAAUGGCGAACUCUGGCGCGAGUUUUGGAUCGUCUCUUUUUCAUCUUUUAUAUGAUUAUUUCUCCAACAGUGACAAUAGUUUUCUUUGGUUUAUUAGUUAACCAGUGAUUUAGACUAUUUAGUUAUGGCCGUGAGAAAACGUGAAAACUUGUAAUUAUUGAUAUUAUUUAAUAUUUUUAAACAGUCUAUUCCAUCACCUGUUGAGUCCAUUUUACUGUGAACUCUAACAUUUAUUUCUAUUCCAAUUUACUAUUUCCCAUGUUCAAAGCCCGAAUAGUUCAAUACAUGUAUAUUCAAAGAUAUCUGUUUAGUUUAAUUCUCUUUUGUGUGCAAUCACAUAUUGAAUGCGCACAUUAAUUCAAUUUUUGUUCUCUUUAAUCGAUUUAUAAAGAUAUCUUACAAUUAAAAACAGAAAGAUGACACAAAG